UUUUUUUUUUUAAAAAAAAUGCGGUACAUUUACGAUGAACAGGGUGUUACAUUUAACUAUUUUCUUCUAACUUUCAUAGCAAUAUUUCUUAUUCCAACUACGUAUUUCUCGCUUUUCAGUACAGAUAAGGAUGCGAAAUUACGUAAGCCUUCUUGUAAUUGCGAAGCGUGUUUACGUAAAGAAAAUUACCUAAAAAACCGAAAAUUAAGUUCAACAGAUCGUAUCAGCAAAAAAGCAAUUUUUGUUGCGGUCGGAUGGAUAUGCUUUGCCUACUUAGUUUAUAAGGUUACAACCGUUAAAAUUGAAAUUGACGUGUGGGAUCCGUAUGAAGUAUUGGGCAUCUCUGAGGGUACACCGCUACCACAAAUUAAAAAACACUUCAAGGAACUUAGCAGGAAAUGGCAUCCUGAUAAGGCCCCAGAAGACAAGAAGGCUGAAUAUGAAAGCAAAUUCAUUGACUUUACCAAAGCUUAUAAAGUACUGACUGAUGAAGAUAUACGUAAGAAUUAUGAAGAAUGGGGUCAUCCUGAUGGCAAGCAAGCUUAUUCUUUGGGUAUUGCACUACCAACAUGGUUGAUCGAAGCUAAAAAUAGUCCGUUUGUUCUUGGUGUUUAUGCCCUUGCGUUUGGAAUUGGUCUUCCUUUCUUUGUGGGUCGAUGGUGGUAUAGUUCUAAUGCUUAUACUAAGGAUGGGAUUAGAACACAUACAAUGGAUCUAUAUUUCAAAGAAUUAAGGAAUAAUUCCACUAUUAAACAAUUAUUAGAUCUGCUUUCUGCUUCAGUUGAAUAUAAAGAGUUAGUGGAACAGCGUCCAUCAGAUACGACUUUGUUACCACAAAUUAUAUCAUCAGUGAAAGAAGAACUGGACAAAAGAUUUAGCGAAAAAUAUCAACCGAGUAAAAGAUAUAUUGCACCAUAUUGUCAAAAGGCAAGUGCACUGUUUCAUGCUCAUUUGUUGAGAAUUAAUUUUUCCGAUGAGGAUUUAUUGAAAGAUAAAUACUUCAUUGCUGAAAGAUCUAUACACCUUAUCAACGGCAUACUUGAUAUUGCAAUAGCACAUCGCUGGCUUCAAACAAGUUUACGUUGUAUGGAACUUUCUCAGCUUUUAGUUCAAGCAAUGUGGUUUCAAGAUAAUUCGCUUGUUCAAUUACCUUAUAUUAAUCAAGAUAUAAUAAAAACAAUGAAACUUAAAAAGAAGAACAUAAGAAAUAUUAUUCAACUUCGGGAAAUGAAUGAUGAGGAAAGGAAGAAUGUAUUUAAAGCAUUAUCGCCCACUGAGUAUGAAUCCCUCAUGCGAAUUGCUAGUAUAUACCCGCUUUUAAAAAUUGAUCAAGCAUAUUUCAAAGUUGCUGGUGAUGCAAUUAUAACUCCAGGAUCUAUUGUUACAUUAAUUAUUAAGUUAAGAAUAGUAAAUUCAACAUCAAAAGCAAAAGAAAUUAAAAUGAAUGGAGUUAGUAAGGAAAAUGAGAAAAAUGCAACUUUUGAUGAUGAGGAAGAUGAAAAAGGAGAGUAUCUUGACAGUGAAGAUGAAUUAUUAUUUGGAAGAAGUAAAAAUAAACAAACAGAUGAAAAAAAUGAUUUUGUACAUGCACCAUAUUUAUCAAGAGAUAAGAUACCUUAUUGGUGGGUAUUUAUGGCAGAUGAUAAAAAAGAUAGAAUUAUAAUUGAACCAAUGAAAAUUACAAAUAUUGUUACUACUAGAACAAUUAGAUGUCAUUUUCAAGCACCACAUGAUCCAGGGUUAUAUUCUUAUGUUGCAUACGUUAAGAGUGAUUCAUAUGUUGGUACUGAUAUCAGAAAAGAUUUAAGGCUUGAUGUGAAAGAUUUUUCGGAACUUCCUCCAGAAGAGGAAAUUGAUGAUGAAAUUUCAGAACCCGAGGAAGAUUCUAUUGCCGGACAAAUGAAAUUAAUGAGAGAACAAGGAUUUGCGGCUGCAGUAGCAGGAGGAGGUGGAGGUAGUCAGAAAAAACAAAAUAAUGAUAGCGAUAGUAGUGAUAGUGAUGAUGAUUAAAAAAUAAAUAAAAUAACAUUAUCAGUUACAUGACAAACAUUAUAACAUUUAAGUAAUAAAAACGUAACUCUGCCUUUAUUAAAAUUAACACAAUAUGACCGAAAAUAGUUGAUAUCACAUGUCUUUGUUGAUUUAGUGAGGCAUGUUGGAGUAAAUGAUUUCUUGCAAGAAUUAAAACCCUAAUGUCACCUCCGAAAAAUAGUAGGGAUUUUCUUCUAAAAAUUCUUCUGAUUAACACUUAAUUAACACCAUAGUACGUGCUAUGUUAAUAACCCUACUAUUUUUUUUUGCCCACACUAAAUUACAAGAUUUAUAAAUUUACAUGUAAAAAAAGCUAUUUUUUUGUUCUUAAUUAUAUUGAAAGGG